CUUUUUGCCACAAUUAUCUCAUUCAAACAUAACUUUUUUCUUAUCAUCAUGACGAAGAAUACUCAAGCUCAAUCAUCUUCUUCUUUCGUGAAGUUUUGCCGGAAACUGUCACCAAAGAGGAAAGAUUCAUCCGCAGAGACACAAGGUAACAUUAAUGGUGAUGAGGACAAGAACAGAGACUUAGAAGCUGUCUUUGCUUACAUGGACGCAAACAGAGACGGUAGAAUAUCUCCACAUGAGCUUCAGAAGAGUUUCAUGACAUUAGGAGAGGAGUUGUCUGAUGAAGAAGCCGAAGCCGCGGUUAGAUUGUCUGAUACAGACGGAGACGGGAUGUUGGAUUUUGAUGAGUUUGCUCAGCUGAUCAAAGGAGAUGAUGAGGAAGACAAGAAGACUGAGCUAAAGGAAGCUUUUAGAAUGUAUAUAGCAGAAGGUGAAGAGUGUAUUACUCCGAGAAGCUUGAAGAUGAUGUUAAAGAAGCUAGGUGAGACAAGAAGCACUGAUGAUUGUAGAGUUAUGAUUCGUGCUUUUGAUCUCAAUGCUGAUGGAGUUUUGAGCUUUGAUGAGUUUGCUCUUAUGAUGCGUUAAAAGAGUUCACCAUAAUCGCCUCCCAUUUGUAGUCUCUCCUUUUCAUUGAUGUAUAUAUAUACGGCUUGUGGCGCAAUAAACACGAUUUUUAUUUGAUUAAAA